AUGGACCAGAUCAUGAAAGUGCGUUCCCUCUCCGUCCAGGACAUGGAUAUUUUGAAUAGACUAGAUAUCCCCGUUUUACUCCCUAAGCCCAAGAGGGUCCGGGUGGUAAAAUGGCACCGGCCCCGUCAAGGCUGGGUAAAACUCAAUACCGAUGGUAGUAGUUUCGGGAACCCUGGCACCUCGGGCGCUGGGGGUGUUAUUCGGGAUGAGGAUGGAAGAUUACUUGUGGCUUAUUCUAUUCCCUUGGGUUUGGGUACCAAUAACUUUGCUGAACUCAAAAGCUUAUUGGAAGGUGUUCGCAGAUGCCACGCGCUUGGAUUUUAUCGGGUUCAAAUAGAGACCGACUCUCAACUGGUGGUUAAUUGGAUUGAUAAGAAUAAGUGCCCCAUUUGGUAUUUAGAAGAUUUCUGGGAGGAGCUACAAGAACAUCUGAAUAGCCUGGAGUACACAGUGAAUCACAUCUUUCGUGAAGGUAAUGCCGUGGCUGACUUUCUAGCUAAGUGUGGGGCGGAAGGGUUGAACUCUGAUUGGGAUGACAUUCACAUGCUGCCUAGCCUAGUGAGGGGUCUUCUCCGCAUGGACAAGCUAGGUGCCCCUCUUUUGGCUAGCUUGGAUGUAGGUUAUGUAUCUUAUUUAAGGCCGUGUAACCUAUAUGGUUAUAUUGAUUUUGAUGCCUGGGUUUUUAUUUAG